CGCGUGCUUUCUAUUAGCACAACCAAAUUAUUCACGACUCUGCCUGCGCUAGCUGACAAGAUCACCAAGAAAUCGGCGACGCAUUCACUUUUAGCGCUCAUGAAUCACUUCACCUGCUUCCAAACCGUCCGAAUUCUCUAAACACCUUCACAGAUGCCCGCCGACGAUGUCGCCGAUUCCACGGAUUGGCUUGCGACGCCGCUCGCUGGUCUAGCCGCCGUCGAAGCCGCUCUGCGCUGCCAAGUGUGCAAAGACUUUUACAAGACACCGAUGCUUACGACAUGCUCGCAUACCUUUUGCUCGAUAUGUAUUCGAAGGGCUCUCUCCGGUGAUGGCAAGUGCCCGCUGUGCCGUGCUCCCGAUCAGGAACUCAAGCUGCGAAGCAACUGGUCCAUGGAGGAGAGUGUCGAUGCAUUCACCAAGGCAAGGGCUGCUGCGCUUGAGUUUGCCCGCAAUGCAAAUACCCGUAGCAAAUCACCAAAACGAAAGGCAGAGGCUGCCGAGAUUGAAGCGGACGCCCCAACAGACAGCAAGCGACCUAGAAUGUCGGCCAGACUAAGCAGCCGCACAGGACCUCCGCCGCCGCAUGUCGAAGUAGUCGAAGACUCCAAUGACGAAGCCGAAGAAACAGGGUCUGAAGAUGAAUACACGCCAGAAAUCAACGAUGGUCUCGUACCAUGUCCCACAUGUAACAAGCGCAUGAAGGAUUGGCAAGUCUUUGCGCAUCUCGAUUCUUGCACUGGCCUCUCUAUCGAUCCUGUACAACCCACUGAAGCACCAAAACCAACUAGUCAGCUGCAACGGGCACCACGAACCCUCGACCGACUCCCCGCCCUCAACUACUCCAUGUUUAAAGAGCAGGCACUGCGUAAGAAACUCGGCGAUCUCGGCAUCCUGAACCAGGGUCCUCGGCAGCUCCUCGAGCGCCGUCACAAGGAAUGGAUCACAAUCUGGAACGCAAACUGCGACGCCGCACAGCCUCGCAAGCGCUCCCAGCUGCUCCAUGACCUAGAUACCUGGGAGCGGACACAGGGAGGAAAGGCGCCUACGACAAGUAAGGCGAUUCAAAACGCCAUGGCGAUCAAGGACAAGGACUUUGACGGCGCCGCGUGGGCGAGCAAGCACGACGAUUCGUUCAAGGACCUCAUUGCGAAUGCAAGAAAGAGCCGUCUCGAGGCUAAGAAGAAGGCAGACGAGGCUAAAGCCGAAGAGGAGGCAAAGGCACAGCAAAAUGCAGAGUCACAAAAGGGGAACAUAGCUACAGAGUCUUUACAGAAUGGAGAUGUGUCUAUGGAAGAAGUGGUGCCCCCAACGACUGGCCCCUCAGAAGUUCAACUUCUACAAUAACGUGGAAUUUGCAUAUGGUUUUCACAACGGCGUUAUGGAGUUAUUAUUCGGUUCACAAAAGAAAGAACCUGAUUUGAUAUUUGGGAUAGUGUGUUACUUUGGGAUGCUGCAUUAUACAUAUGGAGACGAAAGGUGAUGAACUAGGCGUAUAUAUAAAAGGCAAAUUGGAUUACCAAACAUGCUUGGCCGCUUCGGCCAUGCAUUAUCAACAAGUAUAUGUGUUUAUGCAAAGGGAUAAUAAAAAAUCCUUGUGAAAUGGUUAUGAACCAAGAGAGAGAGCUGCAAUGCCCGUUUCUGACGUGGGCGAUUUUUCCCGCUCGCCUCUGUUCACCUCGGACGGUACGCUGGGCAGCUUGUCCAGCUUGUGCUGCGCAAGAGCUGCUUCUCGGGCCUCUUGCUUCUCCUUGGCCUCCUUCUCCAGCUCGGCGAGCUCGUCGUCGAUCUCGGUUUCGUCGAUGGGCGGGCCGACAGAUUCCGAAAGGAUGUUGGCCAGCUCAUCCGUAUCCGACAUGCGCUCCCUCAGCUCGUCCAUGACGCUGUCGAUCUUGUCCACGCCGCCGACCUGUGCGUUGAGUGUCUUGAGCACGCCAGUCGAGGAUUCCAUAACCUUGACGAGCUGCACAUUGUCGGCUGCUUGCUCGAUUUUCGCAGAUACCUCUUCCAGCUGGUUAAGCGUGGCGUAGCGCUGCGUUAACGAUGCUUCGGCCUGCUUCUUUGCCUUUAAGGAUGCCAAUGCCUUGACUCUGUUCUUCUUGGCCACUGCGGAUUUCGCCUCGUGCUCCAGCUCGUCUACACGGGCACUGAGAAUUUCUGUCUGAUGCUUCAGCUUCUCGGUAAGUUCGUUCAGGGAAGCGAUGGAUGCUUCUUCAUCUGUAAUGCCCUUUGUGUCUGUAGUGUCCGGGACUUUGAUGACCUGUCCGUCGUACUCGAUGAUUUUCUUGUCUCGCGACAUAUAUUGCAGCAGGAUAUCCAUGUCGCUGACUGUCAGGUGUUGACCGGCCAUAAGCUCCGGAGAAAACAACUUGUAAAACUGUGCUUUUGUGAAUACUCGUUCCGCUUUGGACGACCUUGAUGACAUGUAGUCUUCGAAGGAUUUUGUCGCUGCCUGAACGUUGUCAACAAGGACGUAUUGACCUUUGGGAACAGCGUCAUCUCCUUGAGAUCCAGACAGACCAAUCUGCCGAAGACCCCAGCCCAUAACAGCCCAUGGUACAGAUCCCCAUGUGCUCUGGAAUACGUUGCUCUGCGCGUGCAGAAAUGUGUUUACGGGGAACAACUUCUUUGCCGUGAUGGACUCGUUAAUCACGGCACCGAGGGCCAUGGGUUGGCCAUAUUGCCGACUUGACAGCGAACGGCGGAGUGUUUCAUCUGUAGUGACUGAUAAGAUGCUGGGGCGAGCAUCCGAGGCGGAUAAGAGGCCCUGGGACGCCAGUAGGGAGAGUCCUUUGCUCCAUGCUGCAACGUUGGCUUGGUAUGCGUCCGGAUUCAGCUUCGCUUGUGACCGGAAGUCGGCGUACAGGGCAGGUAGACGAGCU